AUUUUAAGUUAGAGAGAAAGACUGUCCCACUGGAAGGUUAUAAAGGAAUUAUCUCAGAUUUUCUUUUAAAAGUCAUGGUUUGAUUUUUUUUCUCUUUUAAUCUUGAUACAUUUAGAUUUAUCCUGCUGGAAGGUGUGCGAUUUAUACCCAAUUUCAUUUUUUUUCCAGGUUCCAAGUUUUGAUUAAAACUGAAAAGAAAUAAGGUUCACAAGAAAGAAACAUUAAGUAUCUUUAAUUAGGCAAUACAUUGACAAAUAUCUCAAAUUUGGAUAGUGUACGUUAACAGUUCUUCUCUGCUGUAGCCUAAAUAUGUUAUUUUCUUGGAGAAAUGAUCAUACGAAGCAAUGGUGCUAAGUAAUCUAACCACUUUUAUAUAAAACACCUGUUUUAUGCAGAAAAAUAUUUAACUGACGUGUUUGCAAGUAUUGUCUCAGUUCCAGGUUGAACUCUUGAAGAUAGUUACAAGGCUGGAUGAUUAAUAGCUAAAGCCAAAAAUACUUUUGUGGUGGAAGAAUCACUUGUUUUUACCAAUCUGCAUUUUUUUUGAGCCCCAUCAAGCAAAAUAAAUAGAGAAGGGGCCACUUUUGGAUGUUAUUAUUAAUGAAUAUCAAAUGACAUCAAGAUAACAUUAAUCCAGAAGGUUAUUAAAAUAUGAAGUUUUUUUUAUUGUGGGUUGAAUCUGUGGAUGUUAGUAACUGAGCUCAGUUAAUAGCACUAAAUAGAAUCCAUAAAGAAAAAUGCUUACAAGAACAUUAAUUGCAAAGAUGUACCAAGGCCUGGCGAUCUGCUACCAGAAGGUCACAGCAUUCAAAACCCUAUGGAGCAGUUCUCCUCUGCACACGUGGGGUCGCACUGAGUCAGAGUCAGCUCAACGACAGCUAACAACAAUCAUCACCAACAACACAAACUACCGGAAUUGAAAAAUUCAAAAUGGUAUACAAAACUAGGAUAUGCUGGAAAUACAGAACCACAGUUCAUCAUCCCUUCCUGUAUUGCUAUUAAGGAGUCAGCAAAAGUGGGUGACCAAGCUCAAAGGAGGGUGAUGAAAGGUGUUGAUGACCUAGACUUCUUUAUUGGUGAUGAAGCAAUAGAAAAACCUACAUAUGCUACAAAGUGGCCAAUCCGCCAUGGUAUAGUUGAAGAUUGGGACUUGAUGGAAAGGUUUAUGGAGCAAGUGAUCUUUAAAUACUUGAGGGCAGAACCUGAAGACCAUUAUUUUCUUUUGACUGAACCUCCACUGAAUACUCCAGAAAACAGGGAAUAUACUGCUGAAAUAAUGUUCGAGUCAUUCAAUGUUCCAGGCUUGUACAUUGCUGUGCAGGCUGUUCUUGCCUUAGCUGCAUCCUGGACGUCUAGACAAGUAGGAGAACGGACAUUGACUGGUACGGUAAUAGACAGUGGAGAUGGUGUCACUCAUGUCAUUCCUGUGGCAGAAGGAUAUGUGAUUGGCAGCUGUAUUAAGCACAUUCCAAUUGCAGGACGAGAUAUAACAUAUUUUAUUCAGCAGCUGCUGAGAGAUCGAGAAGUAGGAAUCCCUCCAGAACAAUCCCUGGAAACUGCUAAGGCAGUGAAGGAGCGCUAUAGUUAUGUCUGCCCAGAUUUAGUAAAAGAAUUUAACAAGUAUGACACAGAUGGAUCAAAGUGGAUUAAACAGUAUACUGGAAUCAAUGCUAUCUCAAAGAAAGAAUUUUCCAUUGAUGUUGGUUAUGAGAGAUUCUUGGGACCUGAAAUCUUUUUUCAUCCAGAGUUUGCUAAUCCAGACUUCACACAGCCUAUCUCAGAAGUUGUAGAUGAAGUAAUUCAGAAUUGUCCUAUUGAUGUUAGACGUCCUCUCUACAAGAAUAUUGUCCUCUCUGGAGGCUCAACCAUGUUCAGGGAUUUUGGACGUCGCUUGCAAAGAGAUUUGAAAAGAACUGUAGAUGCCAGGCUGAAAUUAAGUGAAGAAUUGAGUGGCGGUAGAUUGAAGCCAAAGCCUAUUGAUGUACAGGUCAUUACACACCACAUGCAGCGAUAUGCAGUUUGGUUUGGAGGAUCAAUGCUGGCUUCCACGCCCGAGUUCUACCAAGUAUGCCACACCAAAAAGGAUUAUGAAGAAAUUGGACCUAGCAUUUGUCGUCACAAUCCAGUGUUUGGAGUCAUGUCGUAAAAUUGACUUCAUAGUUAUUGGGGUUAGGGAGGUGAGAAGAGAGAAUCUUUCUGAUUGCCUGUUUUGUCUGGAUGACUGGUUUUGAGGUUUUAAACCUGACUUGAAAUAAUAAGACCAAACAUAAUUAUACAGGAAUAUUUUAAUAAGUGUAUCAUCAUGCGAAUGUAGAGGAAAGCCAAAAUGAUUAAGUGUUUUUCUUUAGAUUGAAUAUUUGAAUCUUAUGUGUCACAAAAACAAGUGGGUUUUAGUUCUUUGUGUGCCCUGAUAUUUUGUAUAUUAUUGAAUUAUCCAAGAUUUGAUGGGAUUUAUCAGUAUGUAGAUAGCUCUAUAAUGCUUGAAUUGUACACUUCUUAGUGUACAAUGCAAGAGCUUGUUUAUAUUUCAUACUUUUUAUACUUUGAGGAAAAAAAGUCAAAGAAAAACUGUAGUAUUUGAGGGAAAAAAAAGUGACCAAGUAGAGGAUAAAUUAAAAAAAAUAACCUCAUGAGACUUGGCAUACACAGUCAUGGGAUUCCAGUUAUUACAAUUGCUUCCAUCCCCCUCCACCAUCCACCCCAGUGGUUUUCUUUGCAAGUGCUUUUGGAACUAAGAAGCUAGUAUCUUGUAUUAACUGAUGCCUGCUAGUGCUUUCUGAUUACUCACAUUCUGUUUCUUGCUUUGGAAGAAAAGUAAAGACAAGACUGUUGUUGGACCAGUAUUGCAGUUCCGUGGUGUCAUUUCUUAUUAAAAAAAACAAUAAUUUGAUUAUCAAAAUUGGUGUAUUUAAAGCCUAACACCAUUCUAAUAAAGGCACAAAUUUCUUUUUAAUACUUGUUUCAAGCUCUUUAAUCUCUUUAUAAGUUAACUAAUAAAUAUUUUCUUCAACCCUCUGCAGUAGUUCUUUAAAAUCACAACAGUUGGUUAGCAAGCUGACUUUUUAAUGUGCUCUAUACAAAUAAUUGUGAGUUUUAAUAUGUUGAGUGCUUUCAUUUUGAUAACUGGAUCUCCAUUUGAUAUUUUUGUUUGUAUAACUCAUUUGCAGUUUGAAAAUUUUUUUAGUGCCAGUCCCUGACAUAUCAUGGAAAGUUAAUUUUCUUUGCAUUUUAAAAUAUCUGGAUCAUGAAGAAAAAGUGAUGAAAAUAAAUUAAAACUGAAUUA